GUUCAUGCAAGUACACAAACGGCCGGUUACACCGUGCACGCCUCCUCGCGACCUACCUACCGAAGCUCAACCUGGCGGCCGGCGUCAAAGAACCCAGACAAGACCACACUACUGUCCUGUUCGACCAACAACACCGAAAACGGCUAUAAAAGCCCCCUUGUCGCCACCAAGAACCGAUCCCUCCGUCCGAGGGGACAAAACACCGCCGGACGACAUCGACACGGCCGGCUCUUAAGAGCACGAGAGUUAAUAUUAAUGCCGUCGUGGCCUCCAUCGAAGUCCGACGACCCUGAUGGCGGCCGGCGCAAGCAGCAGCAGGGGUUCUGCGGCAAGUACUUCUCCGUCAAGUCGUUCCUCCUGCUGGCCCUCGUCACCGUGUUGCUGCUGAUGCUGCCCCUCGUCCUCCCGCCGCUCCCGCCGCCGCCGGCGAUGCUGCUGCUCGUGCCCGUGGCGAUGAUGGCGGCGCUGCUCGCGCUGGCGCUCAUGCCGGCCGGUGGCCGGAACGACAUCGCCGACCCAACGUCGUCAUACUUGUAGAGUAUGAGCCUCUGCUUGUAGAUUGAUAUGUGGAUAUGUUGCAAGAAUAUCUUGUGUGUAAUUCCAGUUUUGAGGGGUUAGGAAGAAUUAUUGAGCAGGUUGUGUCUCAAUUUAGGCUUAAUUUUUUUUGUUAUUUUUUCUCUUUGUAAAGAGCUUUUUUCUAAUACUACUUUGGUCCAGCUGUGAAGGAGCAGCUGAUUUUAAAUAUUUUUCUCUCUCGUUCCUAGCUAGAUGUAAGAUAUCCCUGCUUUGUCCUAAAUCAAAUUUCUUUAAGUUUGAUUAAGUUUACAGAAAA